GAGUCAGAUUCACUGCUCAUGGUUUGAUAACCGGCAUGCGUACCACAUUUAUUCAUUCCAUCGCUAUCCGCAUUCUCUUUGUGCAAAUAUGACUGCGACACCUUCUAGAGCCAUUCCAUUUAUUAGAUUGAGGUGCUGCUUUCCUGUUAAUCGUGCGGUGCAUGUAUGUAAGCGUUCCUACAAUCACAUAGAAGUUGGAACGGCAAUCUCGUGGGAUGAUGCUCUGCAAUCGGGCAUGAGGCAUUUCCAUCACAAGUACUACAAGCUGUUCACCUGCAACUGCCACUCGUUUGUGGCAAACUGCCUGAACCGGCUCGCCUACAAUGACUCUGUGGAGUGGAAUGUUUUGAAUGUGGUGGCUCUUAUUUGGUUGCAUGGCCACUGGGUGGACAAAAUGUCUGUCGUUCCGUCAUUCUUUCCUUUCCUAACUGUGACAUGCAUCGAAUACUGCGUUAAGGGCUUGGUAUGUUGAUUGACUUAUAUGACAUUUUGACUGAGCCCCACAAGGAAUUCUGGAAAGCAACUACUGAAACUACUCACUAUCAAGAUCAUCGAAAGCACCAGUUAGCUCCUCGCGCUCUACAACUUAUGGAUGUACUCACCGUGUUGGAUUUUCAUAAAUAGCUAUGAUAUUAUCUGC